AUGCACCCCAGUGGGUCGGUAGGGGCGACUGCGGGUGCUUCUUCCUCCACUAGGGCCGUGGAAAUGCGCUCACGGGCUUCCGAGAUGGACCUCGAAACGAGACCCUUCGUAACGGACCGGAAAGUUCACCGCACACCCCAUUCCACCGGUAAUUCGUUUCGACGAAUAGGACAACAAUUGCGUUUGCGAUGGAGUCUAUUGUCGAUGUCGGCCCGCAUUAUUUGUGCCCUUUGCCUACCUCUGUUGCUGAUACACGUCACGGUAGGGACGGCCGAUUGGCUCUGGGGAGGCUACCAGAAGACCUUACCGAAUGUCGCCACGUCUUCCGCAACCGACUUUGCCGUGGUAAUCAAUACCUAUAAACGGCCAAAUAUGUUGCGUGAGGCGGUCCAGCACUACGCACAAAUCUGCGGACCGCGGUUUGGCGUCGGACAAGUCUUUGUCGUGUGGGCGGAACUCGACGUGGUGCCUCCGGAACCGUCCACUUUCUUGGAGUCGGCCGGAACGCGCGGCCUUAAGACAACAGCCGAAGUGCAUAUGGUAGCGGUGGCGAAAGAUUCUCUGAAUUCACGUUUUUUACCGAUCGAACGACUCCGGAGUGACGCCAUUUUCAUGGUGGACGAUGACGUGCGCGUCGAUUGUCAAUCGCUGCGUCAAGGUUUCUGGGCCUGGAAAGCCUCGCCCCAUUCCAUGGUGGGUUACUACCCCCGGCUUGCGCAAGCCCCUCGCCGGCGGCAAUCGGUAGAUACCGUCGGGGCGGAGUACGUCUACCACUCUUGGCCCAUGGUCUUUUGGAAAUCGCGCCUCAAUUUCAUUCUCACCAAGGCAGGAUUCGUACACCGACGCUACCUGACCAUAUACUCGGACCCUUCCCAACAUCCCGUGGAAAUCUUGGACUACGUAGACCAGCACUUUAAUUGCGAAGACGUCGCCAUGAGUCUGUUGGUUGCCAACGUGACGCGCGCGGAAACGGGCAUCCCGGCACUCCCGGUUUACGUGGAAGCGUCCGUUUCCGACCAGGGUUUGUUCGGCGGCAUUAGCACCGGAUCAGGUCACAUGUCUCAGCGAUCGCGCUGUUUGACCGACUUGACCAAGGUGUACAUCCAACACGGAUGGUCGCCACCGUUGGACCGUACCUUUGCGCUGGCCGACGCCUCGUGGGUCCAACACGCCCCGGGGACCUGGUGGCAACACCGACCCAGCAACGUGUUUGAAUGGUUCGCCCUCGAAAAUGUAUUCCAGUAACAGAACGUGUAAAUUAAAAAUUAUUGCAUUU